AUGAAGCUCGUACGAGUUCUGCCCUUUGCGGCAACGGUUCUGGCCGCCUGCAACGGUCACGAUGAGCUUUGCAGCAAGAAGUACUCCGAGGUGACGUUCGUGGGUAGUCACGACAGCGCCUUCGUCGGAGAGACGCCUACGCAUAAUCAGUAUGUCUCGGUGACGGAUCAGCUGAAUCUCGGUGUUCGGUUCUUGCAGGCGCAGACGCACAACAAAUUUGGCACCAUUGAGAUGUGCCAUACAUAUUGCUGGGAGCUGGACGCGGGGACCCUCAAGAAGUAUCUGCAGGAAAUUGCGGACUGGAUGAACGGGAACCCGAAUGAGGUUGUGACGCUGCUUCUGACCAACGGAGAUGCUAUUCCUGUUCAGCAAUUUGACGCCGUCUUUCAGAGCACCGGGCUUGCGCAAUAUGCCUUCCAUCCAAAGGGUGUGCUGUCCAAGGAUCAGUGGCCGACACUGCAGCAACUUAUUGAUGCAAAGACGAGACUAAUUGUCUUUAUGGAUUAUCACAUGGAUCCGUCCAAGGUCGACUACAUCAUUAGUGAGUUCGACUACUUCUGGGAAACUCCGUACGGCAUCACGGACAAGAACUUUCCCACGUGUGCUGUUGACCGGCCCAGCGGGGGAGAUCCCAAGAAGCUUAUGGGUAUUAUGAAUCACAUGCUCAACUUUAAGAUUGGCGACAUUGUGUUUCCGGACCAAGUGGACACCAAGACGACCAACUCUGUGGAUUCCAUCACGAAGCAGGUCGACUUGUGUGAAAGUCAGGGUAAACCGCAGCCGAAUGUGAUUUUGCUUGAUUAUAUCGAUAUUGGCGAAGCGCAGCAGGCACAGUUGAAGUUUAACGGCUUGGCGUGA